AUGGCGCACGCAGGUAGGGCUUCGGGCCGGUUCCAUUUGGUUCUCCUGGUGCUGUGGACCCUGUCGCAGUACUCCACGUCCAGCCAAGUCCGCCAAGAGUUCCAGGUCCUGGAGGAGCAGCCCGUCGGCACCUAUGUGGGCUCGAUAGAGACCAAGCCCAGCUUCACGUACCGCUUCAGCGAGAACCACAAACUUUUUGCCAUCAACGGCACCACGGGGGUGAUCUACACCUCGUCCGUGAUCGACCGGGAGGUCCUGCAGAGCGAUGUGAUCAACGUGGUGGUGCUGUCCAGUCAGCCCACCUACCCCACCGAGGUCCGGAUCGUCGUGCUGGAUAUUAACGACAACUCGCCGGUGUUCCCGGACGCGUCCAUCGUCGUGUCCUUCAAGGAGGACGCGAGCAGCGGCCGGCAGGUGAUCCUGGACACCGCCACGGACUCGGACAUCGGGAGCAACGGGGUGGACCACACCACGUACAGGAUCGUGAGGGGCAACGAGCAGAGGAGGUUCCGCUUGGAUAUUACAGUGAAUCCCAGUGGAGAGGGGGCUUUCUUACACCUGGUCUCCACCGGGGGCCUGGACAGGGAGGUCACCCCCUUCUACCAGCUCCUCAUCGAGGUGGAGGACAAAGGAGACCCCAAAAAGUUUGGCCACUUGCAAGUUAACGUCACCAUCCAAGAUAUAAACGACAACCCCCCUGCGUUCGACCAGGAGCAGUACCAGAGCAGUGUGUUUGAGGACGCAGCCGUGGGCUCUAGUGUUCUGCAGAUCACAGCUUCAGACCAGGAUGAGGGGGCCAACGCUGAGAUCAGGUACUUUUUAGAUGAGGGGACCCCUUUCCAAAUUGACCCCAAAGUUGGCACUAUCACCAUAAAAGAGGUUUUAGAUUUUGAGAGUAAGAGAGAGUAUUCUCUGACUAUCCAUGCGGUGGAUAACGGGGUGCCCGCCCUGUCAGGCAGGACCGAGGCCACCGUUAAACUCUUAGACGUGAACGAUAACGACCCUGUGGUGAAGUUCAGGUAUUUCCCCACCACUUCUAAGUUUGCGUCUGUGGAUGAAAAUGCACAGAUCGGCACAGUGGUGGCUCUGCUCACCGUGUCAGACUCAGACUCCCCCACAGCCAACGGCAACAUAUCUGUUUCCAUCUUAGGAGGCAACGAGCAGCGGCACUUUGAGGUGCACACGUCUCCUGUGCCCAAUUUAAGUCUGAUCAAAGUCGCCAGCGUGUUAGACAGGGAGAGGAUCUCCUCAUACAACCUGACCGUGUCUGUGUCCGACAAUGGCAAACCCGUGGCCCGCUCCUCCUUCGCCAGUCUGGUCAUUUUUGUGAAUGAUAUCAACGACCACCCCCCCAUAUUUCAGGAAACGCUGUACAGAGUAGAUAUCAGUGAGGACGUUCCAAAAGGCAGCUACAUUAAAGGGGUCUCAGCAACAGAUGGUGACUCAGGGCAGAAUGCCAACCUGCGCUACUCCCUGGUGUCUGGAAACGCUUUGGGCUGGUUCUCCAUCAGUGAGAACAGUGGUCUGGUUACCAGUGCAGCUUUGCUGGAUCGGGAAAUAGCAGCUGAAAUUGUGCUCAACAUUAGUGCCAAAGACCAGGGGCUGCAGCCCAAGAUGUCUUACACUAAACUGAUAAUCAACAUCACUGAUGUGAACGACCAAGUGCCCACGUUCACACAGAGCACGUAUCAUGUUUCCCUGGUGGAGCACGCUCCUGCUGGCACCGAGCUGCUGCUGCUCUCCGCCUCGGAUGACGACCUCGGGGCCAAUGGAACUAUCCGCUUCUCGUUUGAUGCCGAGACUCCCGCCGGUGUCCAGGAGCUGUUUCGCCUGGACGCUGCGUCAGGCCGAUUGAGCACAGCCGUUGAGCUGGACCGGGAGGAUCAGGCCUCCUUCUUACUCCACAUCCAGGCGGCAGACGCAGGCAGCCCCCCCCUGCACUCUGCAGGGAAAGUCAACAUCACCCUGUGGGAUAUCAAUGACAAUAGGCCAGUCUUCUACCCAGUGCAGUAUUUUGCCAACGUGAAGGAGAACGAGCCCUCGGGUUCCUAUGUAACCACCGUAUCAGCCACAGAUCCCGAUUUAGGUCGAAAUGGCACAGUCAAGUAUAUAAUUACGGCUGGAGAUGCAUCCAAAUUUCGCAUUAAUAGCAACAUGGGGAAAAUUACCACUCUGGUGCCCCUGGAUAGAGAAGAGAAAACUGCUUACCAGCUGCAGGUGACGGCAGCAGAUGGCAGCGGCCUGCGCUCACACACACACGCCAUAGUUACUGUCACUGUCAUAGACACACAGGACAACCCGCCGGUGUUCAGCCAGACGGUUUACAGCUUUGUCAUGUUUGAGAAUGUGGGCGUGGGCACAGUUAUAGGGACAGUGUCCGCCACCACCGUAGAUCUGAACACAAACAUCUCUUAUCUGGUCACCUCCGGGGACCAGCGGGGGCUCUUCACGGUGAACAGCGCCGGUCAGAUCACAGCGUCCAGCCAGGUGGACAGAGAGGAGCAGGGAUUCUAUCAGCUGAAGGUCGUGGCCAGAGCCGGGGAGAUCACCGGGGAGGCGUUCGUCAACAUCACCGUGAAGGACUUGAACGAUAACGCGCCUCACUUUAUCCACGCCGUGGAGCACGUGAGCGCGGUGGAGAACUGGAGCACGGGUCACGUGAUCUUCCAGGCCAGAGCCGCUGACCCCGACGAGGGCCUGAACGGCGUGGUGGUCUACAGCCUCAAGCAAAACCCCAAAGGCCUGUUCCACAUUCACGAGAAGCACGGCCUCAUCACGCUGACCGGGCCGCUGGAGGUCACCACCAGCUCCUACGAGGUGGAGGUCACUGCGGCGGACACGGGGGUGCCGCAGCACACCUCCACCCUCGUCCUCAUCGUCAGCGUCUACGACGUGAACGACAACUCGCCCGUGUUCGACCAGCUCUCCUACGAGGUCAUCAUCCUGGAGUCGGAGCCCGUCAACAGCCGCUUUUUCAAAGUGGCGGCCACCGACAAGGACUCGGGUCUGAACGGGGAGAUUAUGUACGACAUCACCGGUGGAAACGUAGCUGACGUGUUUGGGAUUUUUCCAGACGGACAGUUGUACAUCAAAACAGAGCUGGACCGAGAGACACAGGACAGAUACAACCUGGUGCUCGUGGCCCGGGACCGAGCGGUGGAGCCGCUGAGCGCCAGCGUCAACGUCAGCGUGAUUCUGGACGACGUCAACGACAACCGUCCUCUGUUCAACAGCACGAAUUACGUGUUUCAUUUUGAGGAGGAGCAGGGGAGGGGCUCGCUGGUCGGGCGGGUUUUCGCCGAGGACAAAGACUUUGGCCCGAACAGUGAAGUCAGAUACACGUUUGAGACGCCGCAGCCCAACUUCGAGCUGAACGCCAUCACGGGGGAGUUGACCAGCACGCUGCAGCUGGACCGCGAGACGCUCAUGAGACAAAGAGGCGCCGCCGUGUUCAGCUUCGUGGUCGUCUCGUCAGACCAGGGUCUCCCCAAGCCCCUCAGAGACCAGGCCAAAGUGCAGGUCUACAUUCAAGACAUCAACGACAACCCGCCUAAAUUCACCAAAGACAUUUACCAGGCCUCCAUCUCGGAGUCUGCUCAGGACAUGACCCAGCUGCUCCGAGCCUCCGCCUCUGACGUGGAUGAGAACAAGAACGGUUUAGUGCAUUAUCAGGUCACAGAGGGCAACGAGGAGGGGCAGUUCACUAUCGACGGCAGCUCUGGACAGGUCACGUUAGUGGGAAAGCUGGACUAUGAAUCUACAUCCUCCUAUUCUUUGAAAAUCCUAGCUGUAGAUGCCGGAGCUGUGCCCCUGUCCUCCUCCUGCAUGCUGAGCAUCAGCAUCCUGGACGAGAACGACAACUCCCCCUCCUUCCCCAAGUCCUCGCUGUCCGUAGACGUCCUGGAGAACAUGAGGAUCGGAGAGCUGGUGGCGUCGGUGACCGCCACGGAUUCAGACUCGGGUCAGAACGCCGACAUCACGUACAGCAUCACCGCCACAAACAACCACGGCACCUUCAGCAUCAGCCCCAACACCGGCAGCAUCUUUCUGGUUAAGAAGCUGGAUUAUGAGACUCAGUCGUUUUACAAACUCAACAUCACCGCCAAGGACAACGGCAGACCCCCCCGCUCCUCAUCCAUCCCUGUGGUUAUCCACGUCAGGGAUUUCAACGACAACCCCCCCAUAUUCACACCUGGGGACAUUUUCAAAUCCAUCGCAGAGAAUCUGCCCAUCUCAGCCUCGGUCAUGACGAUCACGGCCCACGACACCGACGCAGACAUCAACGGGGAGCUGGAGUACUCCAUCGUCCAGCAGAUUCCCCGGGGGAGCCACUUCACCAUCGACCCGAGCACUGGGCUCAUAUACACCAACAGGGAAAUCGACAGGGAGUUCUCCAACCUGUUCGAGCUGACGGUGAAGGCCACGGACCAGGCGGUUCCGGCCGAGUUCCGCCGCUUCGCCCUGAAAAAUGUCACCAUAUGGGUCACGGACCAGAACGAUAAUGUUCCCAGUUUCGUGUCCCAGAACGCUCUCGUGGCCGAGCCCAACAUCGUCAUCGGCUCCAUCCUGACCACAGUGGUGGCCUUUGACCCCGACGACGGGGCGAACGGGGAAGUGGAGUACGAGCUUGUGGAAGGAGACUCGGACACGUUCAUCAUGGACCGGUACAGCGGGGACAUUCGCCUGGCCUCCCAGCUGGUGCCGUCCCGCCUCAUGUACACCCUCGCCGUGUCGGCCACUGACCACGGCACGGACCGCAAGACCUCCAGGACUGAGCUGACCAUCCUCCUCCAGGGGAUGGACGGCCCGGUCUUCUCGCAGCCCAAGUACAUCACCAUCCUGAAGGAGGGCCAGCCGCCGGGCACCAGCGUCAUCUCCCUGGACGCCUCCAGCCCGCGCGGCUCUGCCAGCAGAGUGGAGUACUUCAUCGUGGCGGUGCGCAGCGGUGGGAAAGCCGUGGGGCGCCUUUUCACCAUCGGCCGCAACACUGGAGUGAUACAGACGGCCGCGGAGCUGGACCGCGAGAAGGGCUCCGACCUCUACCUGGUGGAUGUGUACGCCAUCGAGACGGACGCCAGCCAGCCCCGGACACAGCGUGCUGAGGAAACAUUUGGUUGA